UUAUUUAUUGUAAGAUCUUGGACUAUCAAUCUGUACUAAUGACUUUUCCUGUCCAUGGCAUAUUACUGUAGAGACUUGCAUGCAUAAUAAACAUCACAUUACCAACAGCCAACAGGUGUUAAGCAGCAAAGAACAGUUAAUACAAUAUAUCAUUUCAAUGAGAAAGAGACAGUGUCCUGAAUACAUGAGUGAUUAUGGCUUUAGUGAUUAACUCCUUGUUUGUCACAGGUGAGCUGUGCCCCCUGUUGGCAGUGCAUAUGGUACUAGUACCCUACACACAGAACUGGAUGUGGUAAGCCCUCCAUUUCUGUCCUACCUGAAUUAGAGCAUAACUGAUUGAUGACCUUUUCUAUUGUCAUCACCAACAACACUUCAUUCUCAUUGGUUCCGGCAAGUAAUUAUUUUCAUCAUCAUUUGUUAUAGCAGUGAGCGUUCUUUAGUUCUUAUAACCGUCCAUGGUUACGCCUACUGGUGGCUGAAAUAUGUGCAUUUUCAUGAGAUGAUUCUGUCAUGCGGGUUGUGUGUACAAAGAUGAAUAAAGGCCAAUGCUACGGAAAUUAUGAAAUAUGGUUCUGCUGGAAUAGAUGAAUUUAACUUUCCUCAUUUCCAUGCCUGGGUUGACCUGUUAUUCCAUUACACUGUCACGACUGUUAGACUGUCCUGUGACAUUCAGUGGUUUCUUUGUUCUCCUUUUUCUCUCUUAAACAAUAUUUGAAAUAGUAACUUUUUUUCAAGGAGGUUUAAGUGAUUACAAAGAGUAGCUGACACAGCAGUGAAUUUGAACAUAGGAUAACAAAUGGAAUGUACCAGCAGAGCCCAUAACAUUGCUUCAACCUAAGAAAGGAUUGCUUGCUUUCAAGGAUUUAUUUGGAAGAAUAAGAAUUUAUCCUGGCCACAGCUACAGUGGAGUCAUAUAGCAGCGGCCUGCCCUUGUGAGCAGCUAGAUAAUUUUGUAUGUGAUUCAGGUGUGAGACGUGGAGAUGAGUAGUGUCAGCCUUUGCGCCUUCAUAUUUGCGUGGUUACUGACCCAGCUAUGUUCAGCAGGCAUAGGCCCUCCACGAAUAGUAUUUCCUAUCAAGAGCCGCCAGUUCAUACGUGAGGGGAAGACUGUUAAAAUAAUCUGCCCAGUAACUGCAGACCCCCCACCUUUAUUAUUACAAUGGAGCAAAGAUAAGGAACUGAUACAUGCAGGAUGGGAGAGAUUUAAGAUGACCAAGAACUUUCUGAAAAUUCAGGAUGUAAUGAAAGAGGACGCUGGAAACUACAUAUGCAAAGCCACAAAUGGGUUUGGGAGCAGGAUGGUCAAUAUAACUCUUGUUGUGAUGGAAUUUAGAAAUGAAUCUUUUACUGGGACAGAUAUGUAUUCUGAGUUUGGACAUGGCCACCACACAGGAACUGUACCAAAAUUCAGUCAGCCCAGUAAAAUGCGUCGAAAGAACAUCCAGCGCCCUGUUGGGAGCUCUGUGCGAUUUAAGUGCAAAGCUUCAGGAAAACCAAGACCUACAAUUUUGUGGUACAAAGACAGCAAGGAGCUGACUGAAGAGGACAUAGGGCAUGCAAAGAAGACAAGAUGGACUUUGAAAUUGAGAAACUUAAAGAAAGAAGACAGUGGAAAGUACACAUGUAAAGUAACAAAUCAAGUUGGGAUGAUCAACUACACAUAUGAACUGGAUGUGAUAGAUAAAAUCAAGGAAAAGCCGGAGUUGAUUCCACCUCAUCCACUGAACACCACAGUGCGUCAUGGUGGAACUGCCUCUUUUCAGUGCAAAGUCCGCAGUGAUGUCCAGCCACACAUACAGUGGCUAAAAAGAGUUGAAAAUCCAGAGGCACUUAAAAAUACUAAUACUACAAUUGAAGUCAAGGGACAAAAGUUUAUUGUACUGAAAACGGGCAAAGUAUGGCCACGCCCUGAUGGGUCAUAUAUCAACAAACUUAUAAUUAAGGGUGCCACAGUUAAAGACUCUGGGAUGUAUAUAUGUCUAGGGGCCAACAGUAUGGGCUAUAGCUUCAGAAGUGCCUUCCUCACUGUGGUACCAGAUCCGAAUGCCCCCAAUCAAGUCAUCAAGGAGAAUGUAGUGAUCUCACAAACACCACCAAGACAAGCCCCCUCACUUCCUCUCAUCAUCGCACUACCAGCUUCAGUCAUCAUCAUUCUUGUUGCUAUAGCAAUUUACAUUUUACAAAGAAAAAAGAAAUGCAAUAAUCCAAACACAACUUUAAGGCAGCACAAACUGGACAAGCAUCAGUUCAUGCCUCUGCCACAGAAUGGCAACACUAUGCAAGACAGUAAUGAGAAAAUUGUGGCAAGGACUUCUCCACAAGAUGUGUAUUCAGACUUGUCGUCCUUACCCAGGGUGCACCAGCACCAACAUCAGCACAUGCAUUACGGAUGCUAGCAUUAGUGGCAGACGGAGUGCAGUAGCAUUAUCCAUUACCACUUGUUACCUCAGUGGCAGUCAGUCAGUGGAUGGGGGAUUGUAAAUCUUCCGUGCCCUUUGCACCUUUGUUAAAGUGAUGUAUGGGCUGUCUUAAAGAUAGUCCUGACAACUAAGACUGGCACUCUCUCUCUCUCUCUCAGCUGAACUGACUGGAAGAAAAGAAAAUGCAAAGGUACAGAAGCAGUUGACUCUGUUCAAAUGAGAGAAAAAAGGACUCUCUGUGAGAGCCUGGAAUUGAAAGGAUUUUUUUGGAAGUGUCAUUGUGUUCAUGACUGUGCAACUUGUUUAGUUUAGUGGCAAUCAGUGUGUUGUGGUGACAACAUGAGCAUAAUACCAAGCUGGUCUUCAUGAGACACAACAGGUGCUGCCCUCUGACAGAGGUAGGACCUGAACCAGUUAGGAAAUGUUAAUUUUUUAGAAGACUGUGGUACUUUAGUUGGCUGCAGCUUAAUUAGAUGAAUCCUUGUCAGCACUGCAGCUGAUAAUAUAUAUAUAACACAGAGAGAACAGAAGCGGUUAUCAAUCAUCUCACUUGUAUAUUAUGUACUUAAUUGUGUAUAAGUUGUACAUAAGAUUUCUAGUUGAAAGAAAUAAUUUAUUUUUGUUUAUAUUAAAGAAUGCUAGUUGUAUAUAUAAUGUUUAAGUGUGUAAGUGCACAGAAGUUGUCAACAACUUACAGCCACAAACCAAUGGGUGAAUGUUGACUAGCCCAUGGUUGCCUUAGCCAAUUUUAUAGUAUUUCAAAGCAGUGGAUUUGACAGACCGUCUGGGAGAUGGUUGCUUGUCUUGAAAUGAUUUGAUAUUAUUUUUAUCACUGUGUAACCCCAGUUUAAAGGGAAACUUUAAAUCUGGCAGAUUCUUUUCAGGGGUUCAUUGUAGAGGGGGGGGGGGGGGUAUAAAGUGAGGAUGCAUUGGUUAAUUUUUUUAUUAACAAUUUGGAUGUGUGCUUGUGCAUGAAAUGAAUGAAAAUUUGGUUCAAGCUGAAUCGAAUUUUUACCAGUGAAGGUAGUAGUUAAUUUUAAUCCAAUGUGACAGGGUCACAGUCAUUUGCCAAUAGACUAGGGAUAAUUUUUGUGAUAUACUAGGACCACGAAAAAUCUUGACCAUUAGUUUUUUAGUCAGAGUUAAACAUAAAAUUUCCUGUUCUUUGUGUUCAGAUAAGUGUUAAGUACAUAAUGUUUUAAAGCUGAGUUAAGCUAUUUCUAGUCUUCCAUGGCUAAAUAUGUUAAAAUCAUGGUUCUAUAAAUAUAAUUCCCGCCGUAAUUUCAGUUGUUUUGGGGUAAAGAAAAUGUUUGUUCAUAUUUUGUUUUGUUGUUUUAAAUGUACAUUUAUAUUUUAUGU